GUGAUGCAGGGUCACGUGUCCGGUCUGUCGGCUCCUUCAUCCUCAGAGAUGAGUGACAGGAGCUGCACAGUAAUGGCCUCCAUCAUCCCCUCUGUCUCUUCUGAAUCUCUGCUCCUGAGAUUCUCCUGGAUGAUCUUCCUGCAGAUUAUGGAGUGACACUCGUAGAUCUUCCUCCUCAGCCCUUGGUGCAGUGCCACUUUAAGCAGAUGCAGUCCCCUUUAAGAGGCAGCCUCAUCCGCAGGAGCAGCCCUGGUCCUCCUCCUCCUCCUCCUCCUCCUCCUGCUUUUCUUCCCCUGUUUCCAUGACUUCUCGCACAGCUCUCCUUGGCACAUGCCCGGGCACAGUAUUGCGCUCCUGGUGGACACUAUGUUGGCGCUGCCCGGCUGUCUGCGCGCUGCGGCUUUCUGGGCGCUCGUCUACACCUACUGUCUGCUCUGCGGCUGCAUUGCGCUUCUCAAACUUUUCUACAGCAUCCUGACCAGGCCGAGGAGGACAUUCAGGAGGACCCCCAGGGAGACCACCCCGAGCUGCCUCAAUGACCCCUUCUUGGGCACACACUGCUAUGUCCGGAUCAAGGAUUCCGGAUUACGAUUCCACUACGUCGCGGCCGGAGAACGAGGAAAACCCCUCAUGUUGCUUCUCCAUGGAUUCCCUGAAUUCUGGUAUUCUUGGCGUCACCAGUUACGAGAAUUUAAGCGCGAAUAUCGGGUGGUGGCUCUGGAUUUACGAGGGUACGGUGAAACCGACGCCCCUUCCAGUAAAGAUAACUACAAACUAGACUACAUCAUUGUGGAUGUGAAAGAAAUUCUGGACUCUUUAGGUUACACCAAAUGUGUCCUUAUCGGCCAUGACUGGGGUGGGAUGAUCGCUUGGUUAAUCGCUAUAUGUUACCCAGAAAUGGUCACCAAACUUAUUGUUCUUAGUUUUCCCCAUCCCACUGUAUUUACAGAAUACAUUCUCCGACACCCUUCACAAUUGAUUAAAUCUGGUUACUACUUCUUUUUCCAAAUGCCUUGGUUUCCUGAACUCAUGUAUUCUGUCAAUGAUUACAAGAUCCUUAAAGAUCUGUUCACCAGUGAAUCCACCGGAAUCAGGAGUCCCAACUCCAGAUUUACAGGCGAGGACAUGGAGGCCUACCUUUAUGUAUUCUCACAACCAGGAGCCCUAAGUGGCCCAUUAAACCAUUACCGUAAUAUCUUCAGCUGCCUACCAUUAAAACAUCACCAGGUGACCAUGCCAACUCUACUACUAUGGGGGGAACAUGACGCCUUUGUUGAAGUGGAAAUGGCAGAACUAACGCGAGUCUACGUUAAGAAUUACUUCCAGUUAUCAGUAUUGUCACAAGGAAGCCAUUGGCUUCAGCAAGACCAGGCAGACUUGGUGAACACCUUGAUAUGGACUUUUCUACACGAAGACAGAUUUCAGAUUAAAGACUGAUUUUGGCACUAUUAUUUAGACACAUAAAAAAAAAAAGGUCUAUUCUUGCUUUUAAAGUCUUCACUGCUAGAUAAAAAAAAAAAAGAAAGAUAGAAAACCUCCUAGUGGGAAGACUAUUAUAUAACAACAGAAAUGAUCUAACCAAGGGCCAUAUUUAGCUUGUCUCAGUGAACAUGGUCUAUGUACUGUGUCUACUGUAACGUCACUGUGUAUUAUAGCCAGGGCGGAUUGCCCCGUACGCUGUGUCAAUUGUCAAUGCCGGUCUGGUUUGUAGUGUUAUAUUUUGCACAUAUACAUGCCUUAACAUCUCUGAGUUUACACAGUACAAGAAAACAAAACAAAACAAACAAAAAAAGUCAUGGACGUCUCGGAUAUAUCGCAUUCUUUAUAAUUGUUGUGUGGUGCCUUGUAAAACUUUUUAAAAUGUAAACUACAGGGGUGUCAGUGGCCAGCCGGUCAUAUGGACAUAAUUUAUUUAUUUAUUUAUUUGUUUAUUUAUUUGUUUUUAUGACAUUUUGUAACAUCACUACACAGAAUGACCUGUCCCGAUCCUGUGACUCUUUGUAUUGGACUCUGUUCUGGUGGUUCUGUGCGUUUCUGCUGUUUUGUUGUUGUCGAUUAUAAGAAUGUGAAAAAAAAAAAAAAGUGAAAUGUUUUACCUCACCUUAAUGACUAGCACAAUGUAAAAUAUACAGUAAUACUGUG